AUGAAAGACUAUGAUGAGACCACAGCCUUCCUUGGACACUGGGGAUCUUUUCAGAAAAUAGUCUUCUUCCUGUUGUGCACUAGCACAGUUCCAAAUGGCUUCAGUGCUUUCUCUGUCGUGUUUCUUGCUGACACUCCAGCGCAUCACUGUAAAAUCCCAGAUGGGAAUCUGAGUGAGUCGUGGAGGGCGGCCAGUAUUCCUGUAGUGGAGGUGAACGGACAGAAGCAACAGAGUAAGUGUUGGAGGUACAGGCUGGAUGUGAUCAGAAACCUCUCUGCUCUGGGCUACAGCCCUCAGGAUAUAAACCUCACUGACAUUGAACAGGAGCGCUGUGUGGAUGGAUGGACCUACAGCAAGGAUAUCUACCAGUCCACUAUUGUCACUGAGUUUGACCUGGUCUGCAACAAUGAAUGGAAACAACCCUUUACUUCUUCAGUCUACUUCAUAGGCGUGCUUUCUGGAUCCUUUUUCUCUGGACAGCUUUCUGACAGGUUUGGGAGAAAGCCAGUCCUCUUCUUGACUAUGCUGAUUCAGUCCCUCUUCACAUUUAUCCAAAUGUUCUCUCCAUCGUGGGAGGUGUUCUCUAUUCUCUUCUUCAUUGUUGGACUGGGCCAGAUUUCAAACUAUGUGGCAGCAUUUGUGUUGGGUACAGAGAUUCUCGUGGAGUCUGUGCGGGUGCUUUACUCAUCACUAGGGGUGUGUUUGUUCUUUGCCAUUGGCUACAUGUUGUUGCCUCUCAUUGCUUUCUUCAUUCGAGAUUGGAGGAUGCUACUGCUCACUAUGUCUCUGCCAGCUCUCAUCUACAUCCCACUUUGGUGGUUUAUCCCAGAGUCUCCGCGAUGGCUGCUCUCUCUGGGAAGAGUGGAGGAGGCUGAGGCCAUACUGAGAGAUGCCGCCAAGAAAAACAAAGUCACAGCACCAGAGGUCAUUUUUAAGAAGCUUGAGGGUGAAGAAAAAACAUCUAAACCAGAGGAAACACAUAACAUCCUGGACCUCUUGAGAACCAGGAACAUUCGCCACACUACUCUUAUACUCUGUCUAGUGUGGCUGACUCUCAGUAUGGGUUACUUUGGCCUGUCUCUAAACACCUCCCGCCUGCAUGGGGACCCCUUCCUAAACUGCUUCUUCUCCGCCGCUAUUGAGGUUCCCGCCUACAUCAUCAGCUGGCUCUCCCUGCGCUACCUCCCCCGAAGACUCUCCUCCUCUCUGAGCAUGCUGCUCGGAGGCGUAAUGUUGUUCCUAAUCCAAGCAGUCCCACCCAACCUUCCUGGACUGUCUGUGGCUCUGGAGAUGGCGGGAAAGUUUGGGAUCGCCAUAGGAACAGCCCUGAUGUUUGCUUACUCAGGGGAGCUGUACCCAACAGUGCUGAGGAACACUGCCGUGGGAUUCUGUGCCAUGGUGUCACGCAUCGGGAGCACUAUCGCCCCCUACUUCUUCCAUCUGGGUGGGAAUUAUAAGCAUUUGCCACAUAUUCUCCUGGGAUGUCUGUGUGUUCUGUCAUCAUCAACUACGCUCUUUCUGCCUGAGAGUUUUAGGAAACCCCUCCCAGAGACUAUCCAACAGAUGCAACACAGAGACAGGUGA